AUGUGUAAAGGCAAAGAAUCUCUAAAACUUUGGUUCACACCUUCUCCUCCUCUUUUCUUUUUUAAUCCCUCAGUCCCUCCAUCCCUCCUGCAGCCUCCUCUCCCUCUCUCUCUGCCAGUCCACAUGUCGGUCGUCCCUCCUCCCUGGCAGUUCCUCCCUCUGUCCCAGGCCGAGCUCGGCCCUCUUUUCUCCAACUCCAGCCCCUUCUCCUCCUCCCAGAGCUUCUUCAUGGUGCCACCGCCAGGCUGGGGCCCCAGGCCGGGCCUCCAAGCUUCAUUUGGCCCUUACUCUGUUACACAGCUUGUGUCAGAGGCUGUCCUCCCCCUCUCUCCCCCUCUGUCUGCCUCCCUCCUCUCAGAGCAUGUGGAGAGAGAGCAGGAUGAAGGAGGACAGGAGAGGUUCAGGGUAAGGACCCUGUUCCACAAGCGCGGCGACACCAGCAACCAACGGACCUGCGUCACCCUGCAUGCCUUCAAGGAGACAGAGGAGUACAAGGCCUCCUGUAUCACACAGCCUCCUCUGGGGCUGUGUGUGGCAACUCUGAUACUGCCCAGCGACUGGUUCAAGGAUCAACAUGCCAACCGAUCACAUCAGGAUUUCAACAAGUCGCACAGCAACAGCCACGCUCAUAACCGUGUCCAGAGGCGGGAGUGGCAGCGGGGCAGACGUCAUCGUAGGAACCAUCAGCGAGAGACUUCUCCUUCACUGAGAUACCAUCCAGAUGUUGAUGGGGACACCCAGGUGGAUGGCCCAUGGGCCCUCAGAUACCCAAGGGGCCCUAUGAGAAACCACAUACAGCUUUACUACUCCUUUGACACAGUGGCCGACCCAAAGAUAACACCAACAGGAUGUAUAGAGGACCGAGCGGCUCAGUCCCAGAGGCAGCUCUUUCAUAUCAAAGCAGUGACACUGAGGGAGGAGGAGAAGGAAGAGGGGCAAAGCUGGACCAAAGAAGAAGAAGGAGCCUGCCUAAAUGGACAGGAAGAGGAGGAGCUUAGCUUUGAUUCCAGUGUUGUGAUUCGCUACCACAGAGGUCCGGUCCUGAUAGGACAGCCAAUCAGGGUGUCUGUGAAUCUGAGAUCCAACCUCAGUGCUGAGUUUGUUGUCAUAAGGCUGAAGGUGAAGAAGGGCUUGGUGUCUAUGGUGGCCCAGAGAACUCUGACCUCUGACCUUUGGGCAGUCACCCUGGAGAGAAGCCAAGGCUCCAAACAUGACGUGGUGUCCAUCCUCUGCCACAAACACAACACAUUGAAGCACAGCCACAGUCCCAGUCUCCUCCAGCAGGUGGUGUGUCUGUCAGUCGACGGCCUCAGGCGGAGCUUUGGUGUUGCCAUGACAGUGUCAGCUAACUGGUGGGUGGAGUACUCUGGACAUAGUAACCCCCCAUCGCCACGAGGGACAGCAGUGAGCAUCUUCUCAUUUGCUGAUCGACGAAUCGUCGGCAUAGCUCCCAUCACAGAGAGUAACACAAUCAUCAACACAGCCAUACUGAACAACCAGCCGGUGUCACUUCCUGUCAUUGUGCUGGCCGUAAGCCAUGAUGGGAAGGUGUCAGAUGUCACCUCUGCAGUCACAUGUCACUCUACCAAUGAGAACACUAUCAAGGUGUCCAGUGACUGCUCCACCCUCUUCGUGGACGGCAGCGAAUCAGGGUUGGGCAGCACCUGCGCAGUGGUGGCGUUUCUGCUGGGUUCGCUCAGUGGCUCUGUGUGUCUGCAGGUGUGGGCGCCGUCAGUGCCCCUGCAGGUGUCCCUGGCAGACCCCAUUCUCAACACCAUCAGUGGCUGGAACCACUUCACUGAGAAUGGGUGUGAGCCGGUGUAUCAGCGCUCCUCGGUCCAGGUCCUGACUCAGUUCACAGCUCAAGACUCGCGCAGCAGAACCAUACAACUCUUAGGCUCAUCUGAUUGGUUCGUGGAUGUGACAGAGCUGGUCCGUGACUGGUUGAGAGUAGAGGACCCUCGAGUGGCUGCCCUCGGCCCCCAGAAUAAUCUGAUUGGUUUACAGCCAGGAAAGACAUCACUUCAUGUCGUCUCUGAGCAGUGGGAUGGUGUGCUGGGCAGAUGUGACGUCACUGUGACCUCCGACCCCGUUACAUCUGCAGACCUGUCUGUACAGGUAGUCAGCGGCCUUGGUAUGUCAGUCACAGGCAGCACUGUCCACCCUUCCAUUGUCACGACGACAGUGACAGCCUACAACAUCCUGUACCACCACCACCAGGAGGCAUCCAUCAGCGUCUGGCUCCAGUUUAGCGAUGACACCGCCUCCCUCCUCUCCUCCUUCAGCGACCUUCCCUUUUUCCUGCGUCUCUCCUCAGUGGCUGAGACUGUAGUUAUGGUGACACCUGGCCCCAGCCAACGCAUCUUUGCACAGGGCGACGGAGGCGGGCCUUUACUGCAAGCAGAGCUUCUGGUUUCAACCUGCAGUGACCAGCCAAUCACCUCAAACUUCAUCACUGAAGGUAACGGGGAAUGGACCGUCACUGGCGGAGGCGGAGGUGGAGGUGGUACCAGGAGGCUGGCGAGGGGAUCUGGUUGGAUAAGAGUUAACCUAGACCUGGGCUUCCUGCAGCCAGUGGGGAACAAGGGUGAGCAUGACGAGGAGUUUGAGUUUGACAUUUCAGACAUGCUGGUUGAGUCAGACAGCGAUGUCUACACGUCGAACUUUGACGAGGACGACAGUGGGAAUUUCACCAGUGACUACUACGACAAAAUGAGCAGGAGGGUGGCCCAUAGAAAGUGGAACAAGGUGGGAAACAGAGGGAUGAUCAGUCGGAACAAUCUGGAAAGAGCUGUGCUGAAGCCGAGUCAGGAGGAAGGCUCUGUGUACUUCUCCCCGAACCAGGAGAGAGAAGGAGGGAGGGAGGUGGACGGGCAUGGAGCUGAAGAGAUGGAGGUUGGUGUGGGUGCUGUGCUCUCUCUGCUCUGUCUCUCUGCUGUCCUCUUCCUGGCAAACUGUCUGCCCUGCGCCCUGCGAGACAGGAGGAGGGCAACAGCAGAGGAGGGGAGAGAACCAGAGAGGGGUGCAGAGGAGGAUGAAGAGGAGCAAAGGAAGAAGAAGAAAGAGGUAGAGGACAGGGAAGAGGAGAGGAGGGAGACAGGAAGGCGAAGUCGAGAUAAAACAGCAGCAGGAGGAGAACAGUAAAAAAGAUGUUAAAGAAGUAGAGAUCAUUUGCUGAUACAACUCAAACUCUGUCUUCUGACACCACAACCAGAGGGAACAUGGGUCUGCAUUUGUGACAGAGCAACAGUCUCAUUGUGUUCACUGCUGUUUCUGAGAGUCAGGAGGUGCUGCACUGAAACUGAAAAGAGUUUGAACUAUUUCUUUAAACUCUACAGAUGCAACAGCCACUGAGAAUCCUGUCUCAGUGUUUUAGCUCCAGCAGACUCACAGGUCAGACCUCAGCCUCGUUCAACGUGGCCAAUGGAGAAAUGUUUGGAAAAGUCCUGACAGAAACAGUGAGCUGUCACCCGGUUUUGUACAAUAUUACAUUACCAGUUGCACUGCAGUGCUCAUACACCAUCUACAGUUUGUGAGCGCUCUUACCCUGGGACAUCACUUUUUUUUCAGGGUUUUGUUGCGUCACUACGUGAUGUUGCACUGUAAUCUGUAAACUGUAUUUCACAUUCUCAGAGCCAGGGUCAGUGAACAUGUGUGUGAUCCAGAUCCAGCUCAAAACAUACCUAUUGGACCCUUUUGCUCCAUGGAUUACACUGUCAAACUGCGUGCUCAGCUGUAGUCAUAUGUGUUUGUUUCAACGAUAAAAGCUUUUAUUAGUUAUCUUUCUCCUGAGUAUGCACACCAGCAAAUACAACUGUAAAUCACCUUUUAAAUCUGUUUGGCCCACAUCAGUCAGUAGAAGCUCCUGACAGGCAGACUUAGGAAAAAUGACUUAAAAUAAUGGUGUUUGAGAACUCUAAACUCACAGCAUAUCAACUGAAACUGAACCCAGCUUUUAUGUGUGUGAGAGGUCAGGGCCAGUUCAGAGGUUGUUAUGGGUAAUUGAAGUCACCAACUGCAGCAAAAAGCAGAAAAAAGCUGGAGAUCUACUGUCCAUUAUCAUCCCUGGAUAGAGUUAUAAGCUGAAGAAUAAAUGUCUUUAAUCCUCUCACACUUGUCCCACAGCUCAGUGGGAAGUUUCCUCUUGAAGCAGAAAGAAGAAAAGCCUUUUUAUGGCCUAAACAGUUAUUGGCAAUUGCUCCAUCCUAAACUGAGCUUUCACUGUGUCCCAGGGUAUAUUUACAACAAUAAUACUACUGUAAAUACUGUGAGAAAAGUAAUCCAGCACUGAGAGUUCCCUGUAAUAAUCCUGCUGACUCCACAUCCAUCUCAUCUUUACUCAGGUCUUUAUUUAAUCCAUCCAAGAAGCACUUGUUAAAUGCAGCUACACACAUCAGUGGGGUUGUUUGAUAACAACCUGCCUCUGAAAAACAAAUCAGAAUUUAGCUGAGGAAGUUUUCAGAGACAUUAAAUGUAAUCUGAGUGAAGUGAGAGCUUUUCUGUGAAACUGAUAAAUCACACUUUGAUGGAAGCCAAUCUACAAUACAGUGUAAAUAAUGCCUUUGUGUUUAGAAACUAUAUGGUUUACUCUGAACCUGAAUCUGUUAUUUUCUCAGUAUAUGUCACUCUGUCAGCUGUCUUUAACCAUAUCUAGUUUCAAUCAGUGUGUUUAAAUAAAGAGUGCAACAUGCGCCAAGUUCCAACCUCCAUCCAGCCUGUGGGGGUCAAACAAGAGGAAAUGUUUCCUCUCUUUCUUUCUUCGGCUUGUAAAGACAGUUACCUACUUGACACUUGCUUUUGAUUUCGUUUUUUGUCUGGUUUUUGUUAGAUCAACAAAACAAAAGACAUUUCAGACUCUUUUUUUGUCAUUCAUUUUUUAUUUUUACGUGUUCUGUGCAUUUUGAACGUUGCGGCUGCCGCCAUUUUUGUUGCGUAGAGUUAUGACAUAACCAAAGACGUCGCCAGACCCCUUUUACUAGGGCACGUGACUUGCGGUGGGGGUCCUGUGUCCAAGUAGAGUUUUCUGCCAGGCAGUGAUGCCCCCAUAUAAAGUUAUAUAUCUAUUUAGCCACUCGGUCACAGAUGUAAAGAUAAAAACAGACAUUUUAAAUUGUCAGUAUAGUGAGCAGAGUGGCGCAGCGGAAGCGUGCUGGGCCCAUAACCCAGAGGUCGAUGGAUCGAAACCAUCCUCUGCUAAUUUUUCCCCCUCCUCCUGAGAAUCAACUUUAACAUCAGAGACUAGAAAGACACUUCAGCUGUGACUGAUUUUCAUUAAAUGUACUUUCUCUCUGCUUCAGUAUCAGAUAAUUAUUCAAACUACUGCUAAGGAGAGAUGUUUUAGUACGGUCGACUUAACAGUCCUGAUAGUUUGUAUCAAAAAACCCUACCUGAAGCGAUAAAUCAUCCGUUGAGCUCAGGAGAAGUUGCACAUCAGACAUUAAAUGUAUUUCAGUGGUUGGUUUAGGUGUAGUACUAUCGACAGCGGAUAGAUGUUCACAUUAAUCGAUCUCUAAAAUCAUCAAGAAAAGAACUGCCGCCCAACGUGGGGCUCGAACCCACGACCCUGAGAUUAAGAGUCUCAUGCUCUACCGACUGAGCUAGCCGGGCGAUACGUAAAGACGUCAUUCGUUUAUGUUCUCAUAUUU